AUGGAAAAUAAUCUUGAUCAGACAGCUUCCUUUUUUCACAACCCCAAACUCAAAAUACCAAAAUUGAAAUGCACUUAUGAAGUUAUUUGUUCUCCUGAUCUCGAGAUUCCUACUUUUAGUAGAAAAGACGACUCAUACUAAUAAAAAUCAUUAUUCAAGCAAUGUCAAAGAAGAAACAGCCAAACCAACCUUACUCACAACAAUCUACAAAAUAUAUUCCAUUAAAUAUCCUUAAAAAAGGCUAAUUCUGAUUCUAAACCUAAUCCGAAAGUCCCACCACUGAAGAUACAGUAAAAAUCCCUACUUUCUAAUGUUUCAGACUAGAAAUCAAUAAGUCAACAUUCCACAACUAUAUUAAGGGGAAGAGGUAGCAUUAAGAUACUCCAAAACCCUUUCAUCACAGACUCUCGCCAUUCUCAAAAAUCGACUUGUACCUCAGGAAGUCAACCUCCACAACCAAAAGGAAAACCAUUUUUAUAAAGGAAGGCGUAAAUACAAAUGGUGAAUAGAGUUUUCUCUUCGAUGUCGUAGCAUAAAUGA